GAGCAUUCGGCAGUUGGGCCUGGAUUUAGAGAGAGUUUCGGUUUUGAGGUGUUUUGGGGUGGUGGUUUAAGGGGAUUUCGGGAUUUGGCGAAUCGACCAGCCCAGAGGGGCAGUCGAGGGGUGGGUGGUGUAAAUGGGAGAAAAAUCGCUCGUUAGGGUGA